CCUCUCUCUCUCUCUCUCUCCGCCCUCUGUUUCUCUCUCUCUCUAAACCCCUACUCUGUUCUUAUUUUCUCUCUCUUGGGUUUCAUUAAUUAAUGGCGGCAGAUGUGAGCACUGGGAUAAAUGGGGAUGAGAAGAAGAAGGAGCUGGUGACCAGGGAUUUGUUGGGUGACAAGGAGCACUGGGAGAAAAAUUUCGAGCCUUUGUCUACAAAUUCCAACUGCUCUCAGGAGCUCAAAUCCGGUCCAGUGUCCCGCGAGCUCCACGAUCUUAAUCUGCCCCCACCUCCAGCGCCCUCCUUCGCCAGCGUUUGCACUCUAGAAAAAGUCAAGUCCGCCCUCGAGCGCGCCAUGCGGGCCCCGAAUCCGAGCCCAAAUCCGAACCCGAAACCGAUCGGAUCUCAUUCGACCUCGAAGAAGCGCGCUCUUGAAAAGGAGCCAGCGAACGGCCAGGAUGAAUCGGGUUCGGGUUGGGGUUCGGGUAUGGUUAGUGGUGGGUCCAUGAUGUUGACCGUUUGUCCCGGUUGCUUUCAAUAUCAGAUUGCAAUUCUAAUUUUAUGA